GAGCAGCGCAAGUCGAUCCUCGACUCGCUCGUGCGGACGAUCCUCUCGCAGAACACGACGGACAAGACGUCCCUCGUGGCCUUUGAGCGCCUCAAGGCGGGCCUGCCGACGUGGUCCGAGGUGCUCGCGGCGCCCGCGGGCGUCGCCGAGGAGCUCGUGCGCUGCGGCGGCCUGGCCGAGGUCAAGAUGGAGCGCGUCCGCGCGAUCCUGGCGGACCCGCGCGUCGCCGGCCGGGGAGCGGCCGGCGAGCCCUGCCUCCAGUGGCUCCACGGCGAGCGCGACGACGCCGUCGUCAAGCGCACGCUGUCGUCGUUCAAGGGCGUCGGCCCGAAGACCGUGUCCUGCGUCAUGAUGUUCACCAUGGGGAGAGCGGAAUUUCCAGUCGACACGCACGUGCUCCACAUCGCGAAGAUGUGCAAGUGGCUCCCCGAGGCCGCGACGCGCGAGAAGGCCUACGAGCACCUGAACCGCCGCGUGCCCGACGAGGUCAAGUUCGCGCUCCACGUCCUCCUCGUGGAGCACGGCAAGUGCUGCACGCGCUGCGCGAAGAACGGCAAGCUCCAGAAGAAGGAGUGCGCCCUCGCGGGGCCCUGCCCGCUCCUCGAC